AUGCCUACACCACCCUUCAAGGUCAAGGCGGUCUUCGAAUACAAGUCCGAGGAGCCGGAUGAUCUGAACUUCGAGAAUGGCCAGAUAAUCACUGUGACGGCCGAGGAAGAUGCGGAGUGGUACGCCGGGGAAUACGUGAAUGCCGCUGGGGAGAAACUGGAAGGCAUAUUUCCGAAGAAUUUCGUCGAGAAAUACGAACCGGCCAUUCCUUCACGGCCAGCGCGAGCACCGAGACGUGCGCCGGUUGUUCCAGAAGCCUCCGAUCAGGCCCAAGAGCUUCCAGUGUCGCAGCCUGCCCCUCCGCUCAACGAGCACACUGAAGGUCCUCAGCCCGCCGAGUCUACGGAAGGCCACAGUCAAGAGGGAACAGAGACGAACAAGGAGAAAGAGACGCUCUCUAGAGAGGACGGGGGCGCGGUGGCAGCUGUGAGCAGACAGGCAGAACCCGAGAGCGCGGCGCCUCAUUCCCCAGCAUCAGGCUCCAAGGCUCCCCCUCCCGUUGCAGAGAAGCCAGUGUCGAGUUCGUUCAGAGAUCGGAUCGCUGCAUUCAACAAGCCCGCUGCUGCGCCAAUAACCCCAUACAAGCCAGCCGGGAGUUCGCCUUCCGGGUUUAUCAAGAAGCCCUUCGUUGCUCCUCCGCCUAGCAGAAAUGCCUAUGUUCCUCCGCCGAGGGAUGCUCCUGUCUCAAAAUCAACCCAGCGUGAGGAGGAUCCGAGUCAUGCUGAGGCGGAACAGAGGGAGGCCCUCGAUGUUCCCAGUCCUCAACAAGAUACCCAGGCGGACGAUCAACCCAAGCCGCAAAGCCUGAAAGACAGGAUAGCUCUACUACAAAAGCAGCAACUUGAACAAGCUGCCCGGAAUGCUGAAAAGAAGGAGAAGCCAAAGAAGCCGCUGAAAAGACGGGUGGAACCCACAGAGUCUGCCGAACAAACCCCACAAGCAGAAGCAGCCCUCUUGAAAACUGAGACCAACGAGACGGUCGGACGCUCAUCUGCGGAUUUUGAAGAGCAGCAUCAAGACUUGACACAUGAACCUCCGCCUCGCCGUCCAUCUAAUCUGGCCAGCCUCACACCGCAACCCCAGCCGUUGCGUGAGUUGGUGAGUGAUACCAACGAUGCCGAUGAUUCAGGAGCUGCAGAUGAGGAAGAUGCUCCGGAGACCUCUACUGAAGAAGAAAGACCAAGAUCCCAGGGCGCUGGUCAACCUCCAUCAGAGGUCGCCCAGCAUGACUCCGUCCUGGAUGAACCUGAGGCUGCAAACGAAGAUGAAGGGGAAGACGAUGCGGAUGAGGAUGAAGAUCCCGAGAUCCGCCGCAGACGUGAACUCAGAGACCGCAUGGCCAAGAUGAGCGGAGGUAUGGGGAUGAUGGGCAUGUUUGGGAGUCCAGGUCCCAUGGGGCAUCCAGGAGCCGGCAGGAAACCCAAGCCGGCAGACUCCAACAGGCAAACCACGGACCCGCAUGACCAGGAAGACCCCCAAGAGAGAGCUGCACCGGUGCGCAUGAUGGCAUUACCAGGUCUGUCAAGCGUUGGACCAAAGCGGCCUGAAGAGCCUGCCGCGGCGGACGACAGUGAGGAGGACGAGACCGCGGAGCCCACACCUCAAGGAAUUGGGCCUCAAUCGGAAGCAGACGACUAUGUUUCCCGACCACCGCAGCGGCGUUCCACGGAACGCGCUGCUCCGCCACCACUACCUCAAGACCGAGCGCCUCCUCCUGCGCCGCCGCGCGACACAGGUGCUGCACCACCACCUCCACCACCUGGCCCAAGAGCUGUGCCUCCAUCACCUCAAUCGCCCACGUCCCGACCACCGCCGCCGAUCCCUACAGGAGGGCUGUCAGCCCCAGGGGAGUCAUCCGAUGGCGAAGAUGAGGAUGGCCAAGGCACUACCGUGGACAGUGUUCCAGAAAAGUCUACCGGUCCUGAACCCCCGACCAGCCCUUCCGGUCUUCCGCCUCCUCCGCCAACGAGGGUACCAGAGCCUCCCAGACUGGAGAUUGGUGAAUCCGCCAAUCAUCCCGCAGGUGAGAAGCGAACCAGUCGCCCUCCGCCUCCGAUCCCAAUAAGCCCAACAAACGCAUCUCCUCUAUCUAGAGCUCCUCCACCUCCGCCACCGGGACUACCUCCUGGCCGCCGAUCAACAAGCGACUCACGACCAUUUACAACAGUUCAGCCACAGAGCGCCGAUGCCAGUGACGAGGACGAGGUUACGGAGUAUGACGGAGAUUAUGACACCGACAUUGCUUCAAGCGCAAAACACAAGGAUGCCUUGAAAUCUCAUAACAGAGAGUCGAGUCUGGAUGAGGGAAUGCUUACGGACGAUGCGACAAAACCACCAAAGAGCCCGCCCGUCCGGGCCGCGCCUCCAUUGCCUCCGGUUGCUGCACACCGCGAUGUUCCUCCUCCACCCCCUCCUCAGCCCGCCCCAAAAGCGAAAAAGUCCCUUGACGCUCCUCGCUCCGCCCCUCCACCAAUCCCUGGCCCGAGAGGGGACGAUGACGAUGACUACGACCCGUACAGAUAUUCUGCACCUCAACACGCCCCUCCAUCUACCCAUAGCAAGGGUCAGUACACACCAUUGCUGCAAUCGCCGAAAGAGGAGCUUGAAGAGGACGACAUGUAUGGUGCUACACCUGUGCAAAGUUCCAUACCGCCUCCACCGGCCGAUAGAAACCCUCCUCCUCCACCACCGCCGCCAGCCGAAAGAGGUGAUUAUUUGUCGACUAUGCCCCAGGCUGCGCCUCCACCGCCGGCAAUAUCACCACGCCAAUCUUUAGAUGCGAAAAGAUCUGCCCCCGGCUCUCGCCGUUCGGUGGACCAGUCGAGGGCCAGUAUUGAGCAAGGCUUCAUCGCUCAUGAUAUUGACUUAGGAAGGGAUUCGAUGUGGUGGGCCCAAGAGAACAUCCCUCCACCGUCUUUGCAGGGUAGAUCCGACAUUCUGUAUGAGAUGGAGACUACUUCUUCAUCCAAGCGUGGUGGUAGAACGACCAUUUCGCGAGACAUCUACGUCUUGUACAUGGACUAUUCCCAGACAACCAUCAACGCUAGUUUCGAUGCGGCAGAUCCAUCCCACGCUACACUGGAGCAAAAUCACGAGCGGCCACCGCAGCCGCCACGGCGCGACCAGCUCGAAGCGGCAUCGAGCCAGUAUGGCGCGCAGAUAGCUAGGGCCGCAGGGGCCCGCCUUGGUGCCACCGUUGGCGACGGUUCCCCUCGAUCUCUGGUCCUUGAACUGCUCCGACCACAUCCUACAGCCCUACUGCCAGUUGGCACAAGAGCUUAUGGCGCUCUCGUAUAUGCCAACUUGGGCAACGCCUCGACGCAGCAAUACGAUGAAAUUCGACCUGGUGACAUUGUGACUUUCCGGAAUGCAAGGUUCUCUGGGCAUAAAGGGGGCCUGCACGCCAAGUAUAGCGUUGACGUGGGCAAACCGGAACAUGUUGCUGUGGUGAUUGACUGGGACGGGACGAAGAAGAAGAUCCGGGCGUGGGAACAAGGCCGGGAUUUGGAGAAGGGAAAGCGAUCCAAGGUCAGGGAGGAGAGCUUCAAGGUUGGAGACUUGAGGAGUGGGGAGGUGAUGGUCUGGAGAGUAAUGCCCAGGACUUGGGUUGGUUGGGAUAGCGGCAAGUCGUGA